GAGGUCAAAAGUGAAUGACCUAGCAAACGUUGAACGUCAGGCCACCGGCCUCAGGUAGGAGUUCUACACUUGAAGGAGGCUUCACAAGGCGUCUUGAGGCUUGACACCUGUCCUGACAACACGGUCGUUUCUGUAGACAGGGGGCGCUCAUCACAUGUCCAUCAGCCGCAGUAUUUCUCUUCUCCGAAGGCUUCAGUUUAUUCCUACCUUAGUAAAGGCUUCCAGUCGCACAAAGAGCUGCAAAGCGAUGGCUAUGAGCACAAGUGACGGGGAUGUGUACGUUGGGACAACAGAGAGAGGGUUGACCCAGGAGCUGCAGUUCCCAGUGCCCUGGGGUCACAUCGCGGCGAAGGCGUGGGGAGAUCCGCUCGGCCGCCCCGUCCUUGGUCUCCAUGGUUACCUGGACAACGCCAACACGUUCGACACCCUGGCGCCGCUGCUGCCGAAAGACCUGUACUUUGUGAGUGUGGACCUCACGGGCCACGGGCGCUCCUCUCACCUGCCUCCCGGGAUAAGCUACAAGACUUACGAGAACUACCUCGUGGACGUGCACAGGGUCGUGCUAGCUUUAGGUUGGAAGAAGUUCUCUCUGAUUGCACACAGCAUGGGAGCCGGUAUUGCAAUGACGUACUCUGCAGUUUUCCCAGCCAGUGUAGAAAGACUGACAGUACUGGACCUCUCAGGACCCAUAUACUACCCGCUGGAGGGAACAGUACAAAGACUUGUAGAUGCUGUGAAGAGGAAACUUGAAAUGGAGAAGACAUCGGAACUUCCUCCUCACGUGUACAGCAGAGAGGAGGCUCUUCAAAAGCUACUGAAAGGGAAUAUAUCUAAACUCACCAGAGAGGCUGGGUCUGUGCUGUUAGAACGAGGAGCCAGAGAGGUCGAAGGGGGUGUUGUGUUUACAAGAGACCUGAAGCUGAAAAGUCCGGGCUUUUUUUAUCGAACGCCCAAACAAACAGAAGAGAUGGUGAAGGGAAUAAAGUGCCCAGUCCUGAUGCUCAGGGCUACAGAAAGCUUGGCAUCAGGGUAUGAACAGGAACGGGCAAAGAGAUUUGUUCCUCUCUUUGAAGCAAACAGUUGCCAGUUCACAUUGAUACAAGUGGAAGGGAACCACCACGUUCACCUGAAUCACCCCGAGCGUGUGGCACCUCACAUUCGUGCUUUCUUCACACUGGACUCAACAACUCAACCUCAGCCUGAUAGUAAACUGUGAACACACGAAUAUCACUGUAUGGGCCAGGCUUCGUAUGUUAAUGUGGCUAAUUGCUACACACACAGACAGUAAAGACCAAAUUAUCAAACAUUGUUGAAGGUUAGACAUCCAGGUAAUAUACUUCAAAAAGCAGUUACUCAUGAAGCAACUUCCUAUUAAUAAUGAUUUUGGAAAUGGUCAGACGUUUCAGACAACCAUCCAGUACCUUUCAUCAGUGACAGUCACGAAAAAUCUUGUUGGAAAGAGUUUUUAUAUAUCCUAGCUGUGAACUGAUAGGCAAAAGAUAACUUUUAACAAUACAAAUUUAAAAUCCUUCAAAAGUUCAAGACAAAAUAUUUAUUCCUUGAUGGGGUCUACAUGUAGUUGGAGAACUGGUUUAUCCUAACUUUUAAUGAAUUUGUAUGCAAAAAGGGGCGGAAAUUUUUAGUGGCAAAUUAGUCAUACUUAUAAAUCAGUUACUGUAUUGUAUAUGUUAAAUUUAUCAUUUCUUAAUAUAGAACAGAUAGAACCAAUCACAUACAAUUUAAUUGUAAAGGAAUAAUAUAUUGAAUUUUCCAUGAUGUUUAAAUACGGGAAAUUAGGAAACGUAUCUUGCAUAGAAUCAAAGAAGACAUUUCUCUCAGUCUCAAGUUACACUAUUGGCAGGUUUUUUGUUCCAGAGGAAUGCAGUUAUGUCUGUCUUUUUCAAUAACAUGAAUAAUGGAGUUUGUGUGAGCUACUCCAGAGUUUUCUGAUGGCUAUAUAUACUGUGUCGACUGUGUACUGUGUCGAAUAUUCUUUCACAUUUUUCUCCUCAUUGUGAGUAGUCAGUGUACGUUAGACUUUGUAAUUUGUUGUUGCUACGCAUUUCUGUCGACAUGUCACAAAAUAUUUGAGAUAAUGUCUUUUAAAUUUUGGUUGAUGGAUGAAAAUAAUGCAAGCAUUAUAUGAUUCCCUUAAAAAUGUUCAUGUAUAACAUUAUGUACUCUCAACUGCUGCACAUUUUAUCUAGACAGAAGACAGACGAUUGUUCUAGUUUCCUCAAAAUGUGCAUAUGACUACAAACUUUUCAUAAAAGAUUUGUAAAAAAAAAUUAAGUUAUUUUGACGUGAUAUCACUAAUCAUAAUAACUAUUUCAGGAAAUAUUGUUUCUCAUUUCAAAUAAAGAAUUCUAAAUAUA